AAUUUACGCGGUUGAUAGGUUUUCCACGAGUGCGCAGGCCUCCUACUCGAUUUCAUAAAGCUCGGCUUGCCGUUUUGCCGUGGACGGAUCCUCUGUAAACUCAGAAAGUCCGAUGGAGCUCGGGACCGUUUGGAUUCAGUCGGAGCACGGGGGACCUGCCAGUUCCCUGUGGAUGCACAUUUGGGAAACCUCUCAGGGAUUUCAGCGAACAAACUCGAGCAUCGACAACCGCCACCGCAACUUCCGGACGCAGAGUGUCGGCUCCCCCGUUUCAAACGGUGAGUUCGGGAAGGAGGCGCCGCCGGUAACGGCGGCAGCUGCGUUGGGGAAAUCGAUGCGACGCGACAGCGGCCGAGAGAGGAGUAUCCGGAGGAAGGGCUCGCUGUCGCCGUCCUCCUCCUCUCUGGACUCGGAGGCCGAGAGCCCCUCUCCCUGCAGCUCCUCUUUGCAAAUAGACAAUCUUAACGUUGCGGAUGAGGCCAACAGGUUUUUACAUUACCGCGAACGCGAGAUGAGCAGCGACCUCAGACAGCAGCAGCGUCCUCCACCGCCUCAACACAACGCUCAGCUACAUUGUCGCAACACGCAGAAAUCCGGCAGCCACACCCCCGCGGGAAUUAAAACUGCGUUCGGGAACCAUCAACACCAUCAGCAUCAACAGCAAUACCGUCAACAACAGCAUUCUUCUGGGCGGAGGAGACAGCUCAACAGAGCCAACACUUUCCACGGGAUCAACCAGACACUGUUCGGUGGCUCUAACGGGAACUGUUCGGACUCCUCUUGCAGUUUAUGGAAAUCCAGGCGGUACAGCCCCGGUGUGAAUGGUCUUCACGAAGAGAUCUUGGACUUUUUUAACUUCAUGUCACCACGGCCAGAGGAAGAAUCAAUGAGGCGAGACGUGGUGAACCGAAUAGAAGGCGUCAUCAAGGAGUUGUGGCCUACAGCUCAGGUGGAGAUAUUUGGGAGCUUCAGCACAGGACUGUAUCUUCCAACAAGUGACAUUGACCUGGUGGUUUUUGGAAAGUGGGACCAUUCCCCACUCAAGGAGCUGGAACAAGCCCUGAGGAAACACAAUGUGGCAGGACCGUACCCAAUCAAAGUGCUGGACAAAGCUACGGUGCCAAUCAUAAAGCUAACCGACCAAGAAACGAAGGUGAAGGUGGACAUCAGCUUCAACAUGGAAACUGCAGUCAGAGCAUCACAGCGCAUCAAGAGCUACCUCAAGAGUUAUAGUGUACUACCGCCCCUGAUCUUUGUGUUGAAGCAGUUCCUACUGCAGAGAGAUCUGAAUGAAGUCUUCACUGGAGGCAUCAGCUCUUACAGCCUCAUUCUUAUGGCCAUCAGCUUCUUGCAGUUACACCCCAGGAUCGACACGCAACGGGCCAACAUCAACCUGGGCAUCCUACUAAUAGAGUUCUUCGAGCUGUACGGCCGCGACUUUAACUAUCAGAAGACAGGCAUCCGUAUAAAUAAUGGAGGGGCAUACCUGGCCAAGGAGGAAUUAUCUAAAGCUAUGGGGAAUGGAAACCGGCCAUCCAUGCUCUGUAUAGAAGACCCGGUACAACCAGGAAAUGACGUGGGCCGAAGCUCAUACGGCGUCCUGCAGGUCAAGCAGGUGUUUGAUUUUGCAUACAUGGUUCUCAGCCAUGGCGUGUCUCCUUUUGCACGUGCCUACCCCAACAAGGAGUUUGACAGCACUUUGGGACGCAUCAUCAAAGUAAGCCCAGUUGUGUUGGCCUACAGAGACUGGACCAUCAAGACGUGGGGUGCUAAGCAGUAUGCCAAGCAGGAGGAUCAUGGCAUUGAGAGCUGUGAACAAGACCUCGCCAGGCUAAUGUUGGCCUCCGUAGAGGAUCAGAGAGACUCUUCCUCCCCCCUCAGUGCUGACUCGCCCUCUCCAGUCUCCCUCCCCAGCCCUCAACACCAUACUUCUUCCUCCUCUUCAUCUUCCUCGGCAUGCUCACUCUCCUCCUUCUCUGGAAGUGAUAUUGAGUCUGAUUCUCCUUCCAGCAGUGGAGCCACUAUCCAGCUACAUGCCCUUUCAGUGGCCUCUAUUUCUUCAGCGACACAGAUGUCUACUGACCCCAGGGCUACACAUCCAGCCAGUUUGAUUCCACCUGAACCACAGAAGCAGAUGUCCCUCCCAGGAAACGUUGCACUUCCCUCCCCCACUGACUGUCAGUUUUACCAUGAGAACCCCCCUUCCAUCAACACUGUCCACCAUCAGACAUCCCAACCUGUGCCCGUUUUCCACCCCGCUGCGUCCACCAGCUCUCUGCCAAGCCCCCCCGACACACUCCAACACCCUCAGGUAAGAGAACAGCAAGGGAGCGGCUUCGCCUCGCCGCCCAGCUCCAGCAGCCCACACAACAUCGGCCGAGGUCAGAAUCACUCUCAAGGUCGUUUUGUGCAACAAGGCCACAACGCUGCGCCUGGGUUUAGGAAACAGCAGCAGUACAACAGAAACACCUGGAGGCGCAGGAAGAGGGGUAGCCUUCCUCCUCUUAACCAGAGCAGAUGA